UGUACAAGAUAACGAACAGCGGGAGAGCUCCCACGGCGACAGACGAAGAGAUGGCGAGCUUAUCUUCUUGCUUCGCUCUUCCCUGCAAAUUCAAAACCCUCUCCCUCCAUGCCUCUUCACCUUCUUCUUCUUCUCACAGUCGUAUCGCUGCCAAUUCCCUCGGAUUCUCCGGUGGCCUCUCCUGCGACGUUCUCCUCUCCGGAGGUCGCUUGUCGGUGAGCCAUGGCGAGAAGAACCCGCCCCGUUUCUCCGUCGUGUGCGAGGCCGCUCCGCAGAAGAGGGCCGACUCCGCCGCCAAGAGGGAUCGCCAGGCCGAGAAGAGGCGCGUUUACAACAAAGCCCGUAAAUCUGAGAUUAGGACGCGGAUGAAGAAGGUUUUGGAAGAGCUAGAUGGGCUUAGGAAGAAAUCUGAUGCGCAAGCUGAGGACAUCCUCCAAAUUGAAAAGUUGAUUGCGGAGGCUUACUCUGUCAUCGACAAGGCAGUGAAGGUAGGAACGUUGCACAGGAACACCGGGGCACGCAGAAAGUCUCGGCUUGCCAGGAGGAAGAAGGCUGUGGAAAUCCACCAUGGCUGGUAUACCCCUGCACCGGCUGAAACUGCGUGACAAUACUUCUCUAUAAGAGUCUAGACUGAGGCUACGGAUAGGUUUUGUGUCACGAGUAUUGUACAUUGUACCCAUUUGCCCAUCUUUUGGGACCUUUGUCUGGUUGAUUAAGACUGAUUUUCUCAUGUCCUCCAUGUUGAAUCAAAUAGGACCGACAUUCUUUGA